AUGGCAACUAUUCUAUCUGUUAAACUUGGUGCUGACCUCUUUUUGUUUUUAUUCAUGUUGCCAAUGGUAAAGGGAUCUCGUGGUGACCUUAAGAAACUAUUCGAUGUGUUAAAAGUGGCGGUUACCUCUUUUUGUAUUAUUCAUGUUGACGAUGGCAAGGAGAUCUCGUGUUGA